AUGUCAUUUGAUCCGACAUAUCCUAAUAAUAAUAAUAAUAAUAAUAAUAGUGGUAGUAGUGGUUAUAGUAGUAAUUCACCCCCACCUCCACCUCCACCUCCACCACCACCUCCACCAACGUCAUCAUCAUCAUCAUCAUCAAAUUCACCACAAACCUUUGUAUCACAACAACAUGCAUUAAACAGGUCAAAAGAUAAUACAUCAUCAUUUCAAAUUUCUUCCUCUUCUUUCUCUUCCUCUUUAAAAAAAGAUCAACUAAAAGAAAAUAAUAAAUCCAAUAUAACAAGUUUAUCAUCAUCUAGGGAUAGUAGAGACAGAUCACGUGAUAGAAGUAGAGAUAGAUCAAGAGAUAGAGCGAGAGAUCGUUCAAGAGAUAGAGCACGUGAUAGAAGUAGAGAUAGAUCAAGAGAUAGAUCAAGAGAUAGAAAAGAUAGGGAUAAAUUUAGAGAUGGUAAAUCAUCUUCAUCUUCUUUAAAACCUUUAAAAUCACCAUUAUCCACAUCACAAUCAUCAAUUUCAACAUCAUCGACAUCAAUUCCAACAUCAUCAACCUCAACUUCAACUUCAUUAAAAUCAAGUAGAGAACUUGAAAAAUCAUCAUCAACAUCAACAACACCGAUAUUGCAAACAAGUCCUUCUUCAACUUCUUCAUUUUUACCUUCAUUUUUACCUUCAAUUGGAGGUGGUAGUAAUAGCGAUAAUAUAAAUAAAUCACCACCAUCAGGUAUUAUUGGUAUUGGUGCUGAUGGAAAAGAUAAAUCAAAGAGUGGUGGUGGUGGUGGUGGUGGUGGUGGCGGCGGAAAAGAUGAUAAAUAUAUGAGAGAUAGAGAUAGAUCACGUGAUAGAAGUAGAGAUAGAAUACGUGAUAGAGAUAGAUCAAGGGAUAGAAUACGUGAUAGGGUAAGAGAUAGAUCAAGAUCAAGGUCAAGAGAUCGUGAUCGUUAUUAUAGGGAUAGGGAUAGGGAUCGUGAUAGGGAUCGUGAUAGAGAUAGAGAUAGAGAAAGAGAUAUAGGUAGAAGUGGUGGAAGUAGUGGUGGAUUAGAUAGGGAUAGAGAUCGUGAUCGUGAUCGUGAUAGAGACCGUAGGAGAGAUAGGGAUCGUUCAAGAUCAAGAGAUCGCUCAAGAGAUCGUUCGAGGGAUCGUGAUAGAGAUCGUUCAAGAUCAAGGGAAAGAGAUAGAGAUAGGGAUAGAGGUAAAGAUAGAAAUAAAUUAUCAUCAAGUAGUUCAAAUACAAGCGCAGUUUCAAAUAUAUCAUCAUCAUCCUCAUCAAUUAAUAGUGGUAGUAAUACAAAAAAUCUAUCUUCACCAACUAGUUCAGAGAGUAAAUCUGAAAGGUCAAGUCCAAUCCUUUCAACAUCAAACGUUUCAACUUCAUCAUCAAGUAUACCAACCUCCUCCUUAAUUAAAAAAUCAUCUUCUUCAAUUGGUGUCAGUGGUAAAUCUGAUAAAGAUUAUAAAGAUAGGGAUUAUAAAGAUAGAGAUUAUAAAGAUAGAGAUUACAAAGAAAAAGAUAGAGAUUACAAAGAAAAAGAUAGAGAUUACAAAUCAAUCGAUAGAGAUAGAGACAGAGAUAGAGACCGUGAUAGGGAUCGUGAUAGAGACAGAGAUAGAGAUCGUGACAGAGAUAGAGACUAUAAAGACUACAAAGAUUAUAAAGACUAUAAACUAUCUGAAAAGGAUAAAGAAAGAGAUAGAGAUCGAGAUAGAGACAGGGACAGAGAUCGAGAUAGAGACAGAGACAGAGAUAGAGACCGCGACAGAGACAGAGAUAGAGAAAGAGACCGUGACAGGGAUAGAGAUAGAGAUAGAGAUAGAGAAAAAGAUAGAGAGAAAGAAAGAGAUAAAGAAAGAGAUAAAGAUAAAGAUAAAGAAAAAGAAAAAGAAAAAGAUAAAGAUAGAGACAAAGAAAAGGAAAAGGAAAAGGAUAAAGAAAAAGAAAAAGAAAAAGAUAAAGAUAAAGACAAAGAAAAAGAUAAACCCAAAAAUAUAAUAUCAAAAUCUUCUUCAUCCUUGUCCAGUGGAGGUAAGGUUUCAAGCAGUAUCUCAUCAACAACUACCAAUUCAAAUUUAAAAAAAAAUGUAAAUAGUAGCAAUAAAGACAGUAUUGGUAGUAAUAAGGAUAAAGAUAUAACAACAACAAUAAAGAAAAUAAUACCAAAGAAAUCAAGUGCAUCAUUAUCAUCAUCAAAAAUAAAUAAUAAUAAUAAUAAUAACAAUAAUAAUAAUAAUAAUAAGAAAAAAACAAAAACUGUUGAUUAUGAUUCUGAAGAUUCUGAAGAUUCUGAUAGUUAUAGUUAUGAUGAAAGUGAUAGUUAUUGGGAUGAUGAAAGUGAUGAAUAUACAUCUGGAGAAACAGGAUCAACAUCAGGUUCAGGAUCUGAUGAGGAAGAAAUUGAAACUGAUGAUACAAAUACUGAUGAUAAUGCUAGUAGUAGUAAUGAAAAACCCAAACCAACUGGUAGAGGUAGACCAUUGGGAAGUACAAAGAAAUCAAAAUCUAAAAUUCAUCAACCAGUUGCCAAAAUUUCAAAAGCAUCACAAGCAAAACAACCACCACCACCAUCAUCAAGAUCAAAAUCAUCUGCUGCUGCAGCCGCUGCUGCAAAUUCAUCAACAACAACAACGACAACAACCACUUCAGCACCAACAAAACCAAAAUCAGCAAUCACUCCACCAGUUGCAAAGAAAUUAACAAAAGCCCAAGCAGAAAAAGAGAAACAAGCUGCGAAACAAGCUGAAAAAGAAAGAUUAGAAAAAGAGAAACAAGAAAAAUUGGAAAAAGAGAAAGAAAAAUUAGAAAAAUUAGAAAAAGAGAAAUCAAAGGAUAAAAUACCGCCAGAACCAAUGGUACCAACUAAAAAAACAAGAUCAAAUGGUAAAAAAGAUAAGAAAGAAAUAGUGCAAUCGACUGUUGAAGAUGUUGUUAUGAGUGAACCAAAUGAUACUACUGCUUCAACUUUUCAAACUGAAACAGAAAAAGAUACAAGUGCCCAAACAUCAACAUCAACAUCAAUACCAACAACAAUAGAAUCAACAACAACAAACACAACAACAAAAACUACCAAUUCAUCAUCUUCAUCUUCUUCACCAAAUCAACAGCAAAAACAACAAACACAAACACGACCACCAACUCAACAACCGCAACAAGAUCAAAUAAUGGAAGAGGAAGGAAGAGGAGGUGGAGAAGAAGAAGAAGAAGAGGAACCAGAUUUAUCAGAUGUUGAAAAUAAAACAUUUGAAGAUGAAAUGGCUAAUGAAAUUUAUAGAGAUUUAUUUGAGGAAGAGUUAUUAGAGAUUGUUUUUGAAGUUCAUAAAAAUAUUCAACUUGGUUUAUUGAAUGAUGAAGAUUAUUCACCCCCACCAGAAAUUAUAAAGAAACCUGGUUUGGAUAUAUUUGGUCAAUUAACAAAGAAUCAAACCGAUACUUUUGAGUGUAUUAAAUGUAAUGGAAGUGUAAUUUCAUCACGUUAUGCACCACAUUUAGAGAAAUGUAUGGGUGUUGGUAGAACUAUUAGAAGUGCAAGAAAACAAAAUAAAGCAUUACUAAACAAUGUUAAUGGAAAUAAUAAUAAUAAUAAUAAUAAUAAUAAUAAUAAUACUAAUAAUACUAAUAACAAUAAUAAUAAUAAUAAUAUUAUAAAUAAAUCUCCAACUAAUAAUAAUAAUAAUAACAAUAUUAAUAUUAAUAAUGGAUCAAAUAGUACAAACAAUAUAAAUGGUAAUGGUAAUAAUACCAAUACCAAUGGUGUAAAUAACAAUAACAAUAAUACAAAUAUUAGUGGUGGGUCAAUCAAUUCUGAAAAUGAGGAAGAUUCAGAUGAUGAUUAUGAUCCAUCAAAUAAAAAAUCAAAAUCGAAAAGAAAAACCAAAUCAAAAGCAUAUUCAUUGGAUGCUGUUAAAUCACUAUCUUUUGAAAAGAUUCAAUCACUUUUAAGUAGAAUUUGUGGUGUUGUUUCAAACAAUACAGGUAAAAUGUGUACAAAAACUUUGAAAUGCCCUCAACAUACAGACUCUCAAAGAGAAAAAUUAAGAAUUUCCUUAAAAUUAAUUACACCAACACCCCCUACUCAAACACAAACACCAACACCACCACAAACACCAACACCAACCACACAAACUUCAGUAAAAAGAGUAACAAAAAGACAACAGUUACAAAAUGAAUCUGAAGAUCAAUCACCAAAUGAAUUUGUUGAUACAGAUGAUAAUAAUAAUGAUAAUACAAAUAAUAAUAAUAAUAAUAAUAAUAAUAUGGAUAAUAUAGAUAAUAUGGAUAAUAAUAAUAACGAUAAUGGUGAUGAAAUUAAUAUAAUUGAAAGACACAAUAAAAAGAAUAAAGUGAACUAA